AUGCCUCCUCAUGAAGGAUUAGUCCACCUCAAAGAGUAUGACAUCAAAGACAGCAAUAUAGAAUUGAUUGGAUCCGACCUCGACCACCGCGUGAAAUACAACUCCGCCGCCUCUGAGCCUGCAUGGAACAACGGCAAGGUGGGGCAAGAAGCUGGACUGUUCAUAUGGCGAAUUGAGAACUUCCAAGUUGUCCCAUGGCCCAAGGAAAAGAACGGAGAAUUCUAUGAUGGAGAUAGUUUCAUCGUACUUCAUUCUUACAAGGUCGGUGAUGAAGGCGAUGAUGUGAAAUUGGGUCACGAUAUCUUCUUCUGGCUAGGCAGCAAGACUACACAGGAUGAAGCUGGGACUGCUGCAUACAAGACAGUGGAACUGGAUGAAUUCCUGCAUGGCGCUGCGACGCAGCAUCGCGAGAUUCAGCAACAACCAUCAGAAGAGUUCUUGUCUCUCUUCCGUCAUGUUUCCAUUCGCUCUGGCGGCGUGCGCUCGGGCUUCCACCAUGUUGAACCCGAGGAACCAAAGGAAGUCCUCACAUUGCUUCGCAUUUUCAAGUAUCCUGGUUCUGGCCGCAUCAGUCCCAUCAUUGUGCAUGAAGUGGAGCCAAUAUGGCAAAGCUUGGAUGAAAAUGAUGUAUUCGUCUUGGAUAAAGGCGAGAAGAUCUGGGUCUGGCAGGGUAAGAAAUGCAGUCCGAUGGAGAAGGCCAAGGCAGCUCAAGUCGUUAAUGACUUGACUUUGGCGAAGCAUGUGGAUGUCGAGGUCCUAUCCCAGCUUGAGUCAAGAUCCAAGAUCAUUGUGGAUCUGCUAGGCGGAAAAGACGCCGACCAGUCCUCUCUGCAGGCAGCCCGACCAGGCUACUUUGCCAAGGCUUCUCAUGAGAACAGCGGUACCUCUCGACCCCGUAAAUUGUUCAGACUCAGCGAUAACUCUGGAACGGUGUCAUUCGAUCUUGUCAAGGACGGUGCCCGUGUUCAAAAAUCCGAUUUCGAGGGCAACGAUAUCUUUAUCUAUGACUCUGGGAGCCGACUGUGGGUCUGGCAAGGUCUUCAGGCUAGCGAAAGAGAGAAGGCUCUGUGGAUCAAGGUUGCCCAGGCCUAUGUUCGCCACCUCCAAGACAGCCAAAGCCAAGGCCAUGAGGAUGCCUUCCUCACUCCCAUCUCCAAGGUUGUGCAGGGACACGAAAGCCCAGCAUUCUUGAAGGCAAUUCAAGUCUAA